AUGCAAGCUACGAAGAAACACAAGUUCUGGUCCUGUACUGCUCAUCUUGUCUCCGAUUCAACGGUCUCGUUCAAAACGGUGGCCGGUAAGAACGUCACGCCAGGGUUACGUGUUAACGAGAACCACAAGAUGACCGGCGAGGCCAUCCAAAAUGCUACUGCGGACAUCCGUCUCGCUGUCGUCAUCCCACAGGUCUUCCAGCGUUUGUGCAUCACCACUUGCCCAGGCAAGAGCGUCUGCUCACCGUUGAAGGGCCCCAUCGACGACGCAGUGUCCAAGUCCAGCUUCAGGGGCACACAUCCAAAAGAAGAUACUUUCAUCGCUGGCCACUCCCCGGGUGCUACCUGCGCGAACUUCCUGAUGCAGGGCUGCGACUACGAGUACGCUGGCCUCCUCGAGUUCGGCGGCUUCGUCGAUCUCAUUGGCAAUGCUUCCGUCGCGAACUUCAGCAUUCCGGUGCUUCAUAUGGCCGGAGAGGUGGAUGGUGGCGGUGCUCGUGUUUCGUCCAUGGCCAGCUUGUAUGCGCAGUCACUGGCUUUCGCCGACUCUCAUGGCCUCGAGGAGUCUCUGAUCAAGAAGCCAGUCCAGAUCCUCGAAGGUCUGGAUCGCUCCGACUUCUGCCCAGGCUUCUUCGUCACGAAGACCAAGGACUGCAAGUCGGAAGUGACCCAAGACGUCGCCCUUGACACCAUCGGCGAGGUGGCGAGCGCUUUCUUGCACCUGAACGCUCCAACUUCGAAUGCAACCAAGCAGGCUGCCAUAGAGGUCACGAAGAAGAGAUUGACUUUCACCAAGGAGAUGGCCGAGCCAUUCCUGACCGCGUUCCAGCUGGAAGGCGCUGAAGUUGCCUCGCCACCAGCAGGCGUCCCUGCAGGACCUUGGUGCAACGUCGGUCAGGAUGCGGUUGCUGACUUGAGUCCGUCCGACGCUGGUAAGCUGAAGGCCGAGAAGUGCACGCUCAUCACCGGUGGCCUGCACCAGUUCGAGUAG